AUGAAAUUCGACACGACGCCUCAUAAUGCUUUUGAACAAGCCAUUGGUAUACUUGCAAAUGAUUUGAAAGUAAACAAUACUCUUACUCAACUUUAUCUUGGAGGUAACGAAAUAUCCCAUCGAGGAGGUGAAGCACUAGCAGAAGCACUGGAAGUAAACAACACUCUCACCCAACUUUUUCUUGGAAACAACAAAAUAUCCGACAGAGGUGGUGAAGCAUUGGCAAAAGCACUGAGAGUAAAUAACACUCUCACUCAACUUUAUCUGAUGUAUAACCAAAUAUCUGAUAGAGGAGGUGAAGCACUAGCAGAAGCACUAAAAGUAAACAACAGCCUUACUCAACUUUAUCUUGGAGGCAAUGAAAUAUCCGAUAGAGGAGGUGAAGCACUGGCAGAAGCACUGAAAGUAAACAACACUCUCACUAAACUUGAUCUUGGAGGCAACAAAAUAUCCUAUAAAGGAUGUGAAGCACUAACACAAGCACUGAGAGUAAACAACACUCUCACUCAACUUUAUCUGAUGUAUAACUAA